AUUCCACUGUAAUUCUGCCACUGAUCUACUUAAUAAUAGUACGGAAAAAUCCUUUUCGGUUUGCCAUGGGGAUGGCUCAGGCACUCCUUACAGCCCUCAUGAUUUCUUCCAGUUCAGCAACUUUGCCUGUCACUUUCCGCUGUGCAGAAGAAAAAAACUUAAUCGACAAAAGAAUUACCAGGUUCGUUCUUCCUGUUGGAGCUACCAUCAACAUGGACGGCACAGCUCUUUAUGAAGCAGUAGCAGCUGUAUUUAUUGCACAACUGAAUGACUUAGAACUGGAUAUUGGCCAAAUAGUUACCAUUAGUGUCACAGCUACAGCAGCCAGCAUCGGGGCUGCAGGUGUCCCUCAAGCCGGACUUGUCACCAUGGUGAUUGUACUGAGCGCCGUUGGCCUGCCUGCUGAUGAUGUUACUCUGAUCAUUGCAGUUGACUGGCUUCUGGAUCGAUUCAGAACAAUGGUGAAUGUCUUGGGAGAUGCCUUUGGUACAGGGAUAGUGGAGAAGCUCUCUAAAAAUGAGCUGGAACAGAUGGAUGUCGCCUCUAAAGUUAACAUAAUCAAUCCUUUUGCCCUGGAAACAACAAUUCUUGAUAAUGAUGAAACAGAGACCAAGACCUCGUAUGUCAACGGAGGCUUUGCUGUAGAUAAGUCUGACACCAUAUCCUUCACACAGACGUCUCAGUUCUAAAGCCAGUAGCUUUCAGGUGAAACAGGAGUGCUAAAGGAGAUGGCCAUAUGCAAUAUCUCAAAAAGCUUAGAGGAUAAUUGAGAAUGAAUUACAUCUCACAUGCAUUUGAUCUACU